AGUGAAGGGCGUGGCGAGCGACCGAGCGGCUUGGGACUCUGGGCGUUCAGAUACCACAGAGGGGCGGGGCGGUGUAAUGCGCAGGCGCGCUGCCCUUACCCCGGCCCAACCUCUCCCCUCCGCUUUUAUUCUGGUGGCCGUUGGAAAAUGGCGACUGUUGCGGAGCUCAAAGCAGUUUUAAAGGAUACACUGGAAAAAAGAGGUGUAUUGGGCCACUUAAGAGCAAAGAUCCGAGCUGAAGUUUUUAAUGCACUAGAUGAUCAAGGUGAAAAACCUCCACCACUGUCUCAUGAAAACCUUCUAAUUAAUGAAUUAAUUAGGGAGUAUUUGGAAUUCAACAAAUAUAAGUAUUCAGCAUCUGUCCUUGCAGCUGAAUCUGGUCAACCAGCAAUGCCAUUGGAAAGACAAUUUCUCAUUAAGGAAUUAAAUAUAUUUGAAGAUUCGAAUGCAAAAACAGUACCUCUUUUAUAUGGAAUUAUAUCUCAUUUCUUACAUGCAAGUGAAGAUGGCAUCCAAACCACUUUCAUGAAAGGAUCUUCACUUCAGCCUCCAAGAUGAAACUUUGACAGGCAGUCCAAUUAAAAAAAACAUGAGAUAUGGGCAUUUAGAAAAGUGAAGGAUAACGGGCACUAAUACAGAAGAUCAUCAUGUUUCUCAAACUGUGAAGAAAUGAUAGCUUUCAUUUGGUGCAAAUAUACAUCUUUUAAUUUCCCUGCAUGUAUAUUAAAUUGCUAUUUAUUGUCACAAUAUAACACUAUACAAAUAAUAUGUGUAUUUUGUAGAAAUGCAAGUUUUUGGAACACAUUUAGCCAUCUCAUGUGUUUCUACAUUUGUGAAUAAAGGUUAACUAAGCUUAUUGAAUUUGAAUUGAAAAAGAUAAGCAUUUUGUUUUUAGGCAAUAUUUUAGGAUAUUCCAAACUAGUAGAAAAUGAAAAUGCAUUCAUUUGCCAUGAAACUCUCCUCUUUCCCUUUCUAAUUCCUCCUGGAAAACAGAACUAUAUUAUACAUCACAGUGUGUUUUUCAGUGUACUUCAUUCAGUAUAUUUAUUCCUCCAACUAAAAUUAUGUUACAUAGCAAAAUUCAUUUAAAAUACAUAUAAAUGUGGAACAAAUUUGAAGUGCAAAGGUUACUUUAAAAAUACAUUAAAACAAGAAAAACUUUGGUUAAUCAGUAAUUUUUGAAAUAUAUUAUGAUUUUCCAGGGAGCUGGUUUUUAAUAGUUAAGGAUUUUAAAAUUCUUUGAAUAUGAAUUUUUAAUUACCAAUCUCUUUCCUUGAAAAGUUUAUGCUUUUUUUCAAAAGGGUUAAUCUAGAGAUUGGACAAGAACUAGCUUUUUAAAUUUCCAUUAAGUAAAACAAAGGGCUAUUUUGUAAUAUGGAAAGUGUAGGCAAUGAAGAGACAGGCUUUGGGUUAAAAUACCAGGAUGUGUCUACCUGUUAAAAAGAUGGUACUAUUUAGCCUUUAUAUAGCUAAAUACCUCGAUGGUACAUUUUAAAGAUGAAAUGUCCAAGUAUCUACCCUGAAUUCACAAACUUUAAAAGUUUUCAUUAAAAUUUAUUUUGGCUUCAAAAUAGGAUACUUUGAAAUUUUCUUGUAAACUCUUCUAAAAUGUGCUUUCUCCCAUAUUUAUUAGAGCAGUUAUAUACUUAAUGUGGAAUUAACAUGUUUUCCCAGUUGCUCUAAAACGUGUUUCUGAUUAUUACAGAAUAUGGCACCUGAUCAACAGAAGCUACAUAUGCAAUCUAAUAAAAGUAAAAUUUUGAAAAGUAUCUUUUUGUUAUAGAGAACUUUUAGCCUUAACUGUAAACCCUUGUUUAUUAGGAAAAAUGUUAAGGGCUUUAUUUAGUUCAAGCAAGACUCCAAUUGAAAAUACUUUGUACUGAUUUUAUAUUUGGUGAUAAGAGAUAUAAUGUUUAGUGUUUUGAGAUUAAAAGAUCAAAAGUGUUACCAGAAUACAAAAAUAAAUACUAUCAUUAGCCAUCAUCUUAUAAGUCUUUAGAUUUUAAGUAGAUCAGUUUACUGAAAAGUUAGAGUUCAUGUACAACUGAUCUAAUAAAACCAUAUAAAUGCGAGAGUAUCAUAAGAACUAGUUUUAAAAUAAAAUUUGUAGUCUGAUUAUAAUUAUGAGUUGCAUUGUAUGUGGGAAUUUAAAAUGUCUGGAUUCUUCCCAGAAGAUUAACUUCAGACUUCAAAGAUGUUGGCAGUGAACAUUGAAUUUACCUCAGGAUUUUCAAUCAUGUAAGAUUAUAUAUAUUCAAUCAAAAUUGAGUACUGUAAUUUUGGUACAGAUGUCAAAACGGCAAAAGAGUAGCUAACUAGAAUUGUGUUAAAUAGAGACUAGUGCUUUUGGAUGCAAUGUUUUGUAAUAAUUUUUAUACUAAGAUGACUGAUAAUUUAAAUGUAUCUUUCAAUAAAUGAGGUUAAAGUACCUUUUUUUAAUAAUAUUUGUGUAGCCUUUGUUUAAAUGAAUAUUUGUAUUGUUCUGGCAUCAAAUCACACACACUAUUAUGGAAUAAAUGUAAACCAGAGUUUGACUGUAUUUUAACAUUCCAGAGUCCUCUUAUGCUCAAAUCAUUGUAUGAUUAUAUGAAGUAAGUUCAAAGAACAGCUUUUCCCCUGAUUUUAAAAAAGAAUUUCUGCUUGCAUUAAUCAAGGCCACUGAAGUUACUUUUUAGUGUUGAGGAUAUUUGCCUCCAAGCCUAGUCUUUACACUAAACUGUUUUUAGAUUCAGUGGGUAAAACACUAAAAACUAAAGAGAAAGAAGACUUCAUCUAGUGGGAAAAGAUGUUAACUAUACAGAAGUCUGUAAACAUUGGUAAUUUUUAGUGAGGCAUUCAAGAUUUUGUUAGUUCUGAAGGAUGUAUAGGAUUAAUGGGAAGAAAAGUGGAUUACAAAAGGAUUACAAAGGCUACACAAAAGGAAAAUACAGAAAAAAAAGUGAAGACUACAGAUUAUGGAAAGAUGGAGAAUAAGCUGGUUGCAGAGGUGGAUUUUUAGCAUUAUGAGAAGCUUAGGUCUAACAAAUCAACAGGUUUGUGACCUUCCUAUAAAAAUGUGUUUAUUUGUACAUCAUCUUUAUGGUCAGAGAAUAUUUACAAUAUCUGUUGGCUUUUAAAAAGGCUACAAAAGACUAAUUUUUGACUGCUUUUUUAAAUAAACAAGCUAGUAUUAGAUCACUUUUUUGGUGUUGUCAUCCUAUUGUCAUUUCAUUUUGUAUCAUAUCUCAAAAUACUUUGUCAUUUAUUGAUUUUUAAUAUUAAAGUGAAUUUAAACUAA